UCUAGAUAAGACUGAAAACACUUUAACAAUUUACUUCCACCCAUUUUCCGUAUAGAUUCAAAACGUGAUAAAUCUCGAUUUUUUUCUCACCUGAAACAACUAAAGUUUAUCUGUAAACAAAUGAGGUAAUAACAGAUGUGUAUAAAAAUAAGUGCGUGGGUUUCCCAUAGUCUCACUAAAGAUUACAAUUUUGUUCCAGUGACCAGACGCGGAAUUAUGCAGUGGUUAUAUUUUUGUGUUUUGUUUUUAAUAUUCUUUAAACACAGCUAUCAAUCGAAAUGUCCAUAUUCCGAGCAGCAGUUUUAUUCAUCGUUAUUGUCAAAUGCUCUAGGUGACAAUAAUGUAUUGAAAUCGAACCUCAAUCCGUAUCCAAGUGAUGUUUGGAAUUUAGCUAAACAUGCACCCGAGGAUAGUGCAUUAUUUGCUCAUAAUUAUGUGAGUAAAACUCCAGACGGUUAUGAUGUAGCAGUGCACGAGGAUAGUGACCUGAAUAGUUUGCUGGAGAGUGCCAACAAAUUGGAAUGUUCCGUUCCACCACUGUCGUGUGCCAACGACUCCAGUGCAUUGUAUUAUCGAAAUUUUGAUGGAUCAUGUAAUAAUUUAGUACAUCCUGGCUAUGGUAUGUCGAAUUCGAGAUAUGGACGUAUUUUAAAACCCAAAUACGGCGAUGGCAAAUAUGCACCAAGUCGAUCUCGUGCGGGAAAGGCUUUACCUAGUCCCCGAGAAUUAUCAUUGUCAUUGCAUGGAGAUGAAACUUUUAUGGAUAGCACAAGGUCGAUGUUGACAAUGCAAUGGGGUCAAGUUGUUGCGCACGAUAUUAGUGAAAUGAUGGAAGCUGAAACGAUUGAUUGUUGUAAAAAUCCCCACAGUAAACAUUGCUAUUCUAUACCUUUGAACGCCUAUGGCCCCAUUGCCUUGACCUCUGGUAAAACGUGUUUAAGUUUUGCCCGUAGCUUAAGCGAUGCCGAUGUAAGCUGCCCCCAAAGUCAUUAUGGAUACAUCGAGAAACUAUCUAAAGCGACACCAUUUGUGGAUCUUUCAUCUGUCUAUGGCAAUACGUUUGAGCAAAAUAUUAAAAUACGUCAAUAUUAUGGAGGACUUUUAAAAACCAUCGUCAAUAACCGUCAACAGUAUUUGCCACUUACUUCGAAGACAAAAGGCGAGUGUCCCGAAAGUAUGGGUCAGUGUUACAGUACACCCGAUGUACGCAAUCAACUAACCCCCACAAUAGCUGUGGUUCAAACAAUUUUUGUCCGAGAACACAAUCGUUUAGCCAACAUCUUGGGUCAAUUGAACCCACAUUAUUCCGAUGAAAAACUUUUCCAGGAAGCCCGAAAAAUCAAUAUAGCUCAGUAUCAGAAAAUCACGUAUUACGAUUGGUUACCAUGGUUAUUGGGACCUGUGUACAGUUAUGCAAAUGGUUUAAUAUAUAAUGUGGGGCCCCAUCAAUAUGUCAAUGAUUAUGAACCAUCAUGGUAUCCCGUUGCAUAUGCCGAAAAUUCAGCCGGAGCAUUCCGUUAUGCACAUAACCAAAUUCCUGGUUGGUUUUCAUUAGUUACAUCUGAUCGUGCUCAUAAUAAAACUCUUCGUUUGAGUGAUUAUUUUAAACGUCCGAGUGUUGCUCAACUUUUACAGAAAGGUCAAAACUUUGAUGAUUUGGUCAGAGGAUUGAUAACUCAAUUACAAAAGAGAGCCGAUUCUAAUUUGGACAAAGAGAUAAAACAUUAUUUCGAUAGAAAAUUGUUCGAUGAGUUUGGUUCUGAUCUAAAGUCUAUAGAUAUACAACGUGGCCGUGAUUUUGGUUUGGCUAGUUAUAAUGAUUACCGUGAAUAUUGUGGAUUGCCAAGAGCUCAUGACUGGAACGGUUUUGCCAAUGAAAUCGGUGAAGAGAAAAUCGGCCUAUUGCAAAAGUUCUAUGACAUCCCAGAUGAUGUUGAGUUAAAUGUUGGUGGUUCGUUGGAACAGCAUUCUUCCGAAGCAAUUUUUGGACCCACAUUCCAAUGCAUAAUGAGUCGACAAUUUUUGACAGCUCGAAAAGCGGAUCGUUUCUUUUUCGAACAUCAAGAUGUAAACACUGGAUUUACAAAAGAACAAUUAGCUGAGAUACGCAAAGUCAGUUUGGCCGGUAUUUUGUGCGCAAAUACUGAGACAUUGAAAUGUGUGCAGCCCAAUGUAUUUAUGUUCCCCAAUGAAGACAAUAAUUUAAUACCCUGUAGUACUAUACCACAAUUAAAUCUCAAACUGUGGCAAGACAAAGCAACCUAUUAUUAGAUUAAAAUGAAAUUAAUGCCGAUUCAUCAUUGUUAAAACUCUCAAAUACACACAGGUUUUAAAUUUGUUUUAUCCUACACGUACUUAAAUUUUUGAUACCUCAGAUUUUA